CAUAACUCCCCAGCGUCACGGUGAUGUUUAUAUCUACAACUGGCCGGCAGCAGCUUCUUCAUCUUCAGUCAGUCAUCGGCACAGUCAGCCACACCAGCCACAUCAAUACCAUCAUCAGAGUCACCCACAUUCACAGUCUCAGCAGCUUUACAGCAACCAAAGUAUAUACCAGAACAUAUCCAUGAUGUCGGCGGCGGCCGCAAACGGCAGCGGAAAUGGCAGCGAGUUCGAAACUUACGAUACACCAAAGCCGGCCACCCCAGUCAAUUACGAUUGCCCCAAGAACGUGUGUCGCACACCAACGCAACUGCGCUUCGGCGAUAAUAUGCCGCUAAACAUGAAAGUCUGCUCGACGCCUAUUCAAGAAGAGUCCUACGACGUGCCUCGUCCACUGCAGACGCUCGUCCAGCAUCAAAGUACACUGACGCCCAGCAGCUCCAAUUCAUCGCUGCUUACCAGCGACAGUCUGAGUCUAUCAUUUUCAUCGUCGAAUCGUUCAUCGUUGGCGAAUAUGCCCGACUACGAUGUGCCGCGUCGUAAUCCGCUGCCGGUUCGUGCGGUUCAACAACAACAGCAACUACUGCUUCAGCAAAGGCAUCAAUCGGUGCAGUUUAUCAAUGGCAACUGCUCAACCUACGACUUUCCGCUGCCGUCAAAUCUUUCCACACCGGUUGCGGAGAAGUCCUCGCCCAACGCUACGCUGCUGGCAGCAGCCGCUUCGAAGGAGUUGCCAUUGGAGUUGUCCUCAGCGCUGCACACCCUCGAUAAGCUACAAUUCGAAGCAACAACAGCAAUAACAAAGUUGCUGUCUUUUGUCACGCCGAAUUGGCGUCUACGCGAGAAACUUGAACCGGUAUUGAUGGAUGUUAAAUUAACCGCUGUUCGCUUGCGCACCGCUCUACAUGACCUCAGCGAAUUCGGUGAAGGCGCACUGGGCAACGCUACCCGCUCGGAGGAUCGCAACUUGGCGCUCAAAUUGAGGCCACAUGUGCGGGCCCUGCGUGAUGCUGACAAACUGAUACACGACACCACCGAGGCACUGGACGCACAAAGCUGGGCAAUCGAGCAACUUACGCGCAACGACGAGAAGUUCAAGACCUUCUGCAAACCGCCCGACAGCCUUGACCAGCUCAUUGCAUGCGCGCAAACCCUCACUGAGGAUGUACGGCAAACAACCUCCUUCAUACACGGCAACGGCUCACUGCUAUUCAAACACAGUCUGAGCGAGGGUGGCGAGGAAGAGGCGGACAGCACGAAGGCUGAAAGCGCUGCGGAAGACCAAAAUACACCAAAGCGAGGCAGUUCAGAGUGGGUGGAAGACUACGAUUACGUUUCUUUUGAGUCCAAAGAUGCCGCAGCGAAAAAGAACUCGGCUUUGCGUGAGGCAAUACCGGCAAAUUUGAAAAAGAAUUUCGACACGGUCAUCAAAGCAGCCGAGACAACGGUUAUGGCCGCUUCCAAUGUGAUGACAACACCGGUAAACAACAACAACGCAAACGCAAAGAAACAGGAGCUCACGCAGAAGGACAAAAAGUUGGUCUGCUAUUACGCGGUGCAAAUAUCCACACACAUGGGCAACUUGCAGCAAGCGAUCGACUCUUUUCUGGAAACUGUCGAGAAGAAUCAGCCGCCGAAAUUUUUCAUUGCCUACGGCAAGUUUGUGGUGGUGAGCGCGCACAACCUGGUUACCAUUGGCGACAUUGUGCACCGCAACGUCUCUAAGCCGGAACUGCGCGAGAAGAUUUUGCGCUACACAGACGCGCUGUCCGAGGCGCUGAAAACGUGCGUGCAAAAGUCAAAGAAGGCCGCAGCGCAAUUCCCCAGCGUCACAGCUGUGCAGGAAAUGGUUGACUCCGUGGUGGACAUCAGCCACUUGGCAGCCGACCUGAAGGUGGCCAUGUUGCAAGCCGUACAGCUAAGUCUAUAAAUGGGCUGGACACGAAUUGUGUUGCAUACUGCUAGCCUACACACAUCGGUAUACAUACAUACAUACAUAUGUAUGCCACUAUAUACUGCAUAUUAUGGAAGGACCGCAAAGCAACACAAAUUUUUGGCAUUUGUUUUUGUCAAAGGCUUCAAAAGUCUUCCACCCCUUAGAGCAGAAAUCCGAGAGCUAAUUAAAACUUAAAAGCGCUGUUAAAUAAAUAAAUGAGCUUCAAUGCUUUUUGCUUCCAGCAAUAAAAUAUUGUCCAAAAUAUUACGCACAGUGGAGCUAAGGGACUCGUAUCUAAAGGAAAUUUAAGCACAUAAGAAAACUUACAUAAUCAACUGGCGCUGACUGCUCGGCACAAUGCCGGAAAC